AUGUGGGUAGAGAAUGAGACAGAACCCACAAAUUUCAUCCUUCUGGGCUUCUUCCCUGAAUUUGGAUACAUCACAGCGGUGGUUUCCAUUAUCCUCCUGGUCUAUGUGGCGGCCUUCACUGGCAACACUCUUCUGAUACUCCUCAUUUGGUUGGAUUCCCGGCUCCAUACGCCCAUGUACUUCCUGCUCAGUCAGCUCUCCUUAAUGGAUUUGACUUUGACCUCUAGCAUCAUCCCCAAGAUGGCAGCCAACUUCUUCUUUGGAUGGCAGAGCAUAUCAUUCCUGGCUUGUGGGACUCAAAUAUUCUUUUCACUGACAGUGGCCAUCGCAGAAAGCAUCCUUAUAACUCUCAUGUGUUUUGACCGCUAUGUGGCCAUCUGUAAUCCCCUGCAGUACCCUGUCCUCAUCAGUCCUAGGGUUUGCUGGCAGAUGACCGCCAUGUCUUGGGUUGGAGGUGCAUUUAUUUCAUUUGGCCACACUGCUUUCACCUUGCAUUUUCACAUCUGCAGCCCCAGAGAGAUCUCUCACUUCUUCUGUGAAGUCAUGGCUGUCCUUAGGAUUGUCUGCGAUGACAUCUUAGCCUAUGAGAAGGCUGUAGUGGUGACCAGCAUCCUUGUUCUGCUGCUGCCCUUAUCUCUCAUCUUGUCCUCCUAUGUUUUCAUCUUCCUUGCUGUCCUCCGAAUGAACUCCCCAGAAGGCAGGAACAAGGCUCUGGCUACUUGCUCCUCUCAUCUCUGUGUGGUGGGUCUCUAUUUUGGCCCAGGUAUGUGUAUCUACAUAAGACCUGGUUCUGCCAAGACUCCAAAGUUGAAUCAGGGUCUCUUUCUUUUUGGAACUGUCCUUACCCCUCUCCUGAACCCUCUUGCCUACAGUCUCAGAAACAAAGAACUUCUAAGUUCACUGAAAAAAUUGACAGGGAGGUGUCAGACCACUAGGUAG